AUGGUCGCAGUCUACUCCGAGGGAGUGGACGGCUUCUCGAUUUCCGGCAACCCUAAGGUGCCAACGCCGGUCACUCUUCGCGAAGGCAUCACGCUGAUCUCCAACUCGUUCUCGCUUGGGCAGAACGACUAUGUCGUGCUGACGGUCGAGGCGCCCAACGCUUUGACGUCGAUCUCCCUCGCCGAUUUGCAGCCUCGCGACUACGUGGGCGCCCUCCUUAUUGAACGGCUCCCUUCACCUGACGCGCCGAUCACUUACGAGUACGACUUCGCGUCGCCCAACUUCAACCAGACACACCCGGCCGAUGGACUCCUCGGGUGGGCGAUGCUGCAAGAAGACGCCAUCGGCGACUCGAUCCUCGGAGAGCGCGCAGCCGGCAGUGACGAGGUGACGUACUACCCCGGCGCGUCCGGCUGGAGACCAGCAGGACUCUACUACAUAUACUCUAGCCUCUACUCUGCCUCCGGUCCCACCAUCUUUUUCAUGGUCGUGUCGAUCGCGCACAAGUGGCUCGGCAGCGCCCGCUCACAGCGCACCACGCAGACCAAGGUGCGGGGGCAGCACAAGGCGCAGAAGAUUGCGACCAACGCGGCGGUGACGCCGCCGCCGCAUAUGACUGUAGCGCACGUCUUCGGCUCGGUGACCAAGGGCAUGGAGGUUGUCAAGGCCAUCGAGGGCGUCGGCUCGCAGUCUGGCAAGACGGCGAAGCCCGUGAUGAUCGCCGACUGCGGCCAGAUCUCGUAG